UUGAAAUGGAGGAAGACACAGCGCGUGACCAUCUUUCCUUUCCUGUAAACAACAGCUUUCAUCAUUCAGUUUCCUCUUAUCACUUUUUCACCGGGAGGGGCAGAACGUUUUGAGUCGGAGUAUCCUCACUCAGAGGCAAUUCGCUUCUCGUUGUGGAGCCCCUAAGGGAUCUUGGACCGGCGUGGACGACUUCUCCCUCAUAUUGGGGGGCCAUUUCUUCCACCUGCAUCACUGCACGGCACAGAUCCAGGAAGCAUCGUGUUGCAAAGUGCUGCUGCAAAAACAUUGCUCUCCUUCUAGAACAGCAAUCAGAAGAUGGCUUAUUCAUCUUUGAGAUAUCUUCGGUUUUCUUCAGAAUCACAGAAUACAUUAAGGCCUGAUGUCGCUCAACAGCCUGGGAAAACUGAUAACAAAGAAUUUUCAGUGCCUUGGCAUCUCAUGGCAGUGACGUUUGGAUUCCUCUGUUUACUUCUCUCAGUGACGAUCAUAGUGUUGCUGACAAAGAUUUUCCAUCUUAGUCAAGAAAAACAUCAACAGCAGGAAUUUCUAGGAAACCUCACUCAAAAGUACCACUUUGUACGAAAUGAUAACUAUUUAAAGAAGCGACUCUUGGAAAAUAAGACUUUAGAAUAUGACACUCUCAAAUAUGAAACCUUUCUAAUGAAAAAUGCACUGGAGUCACUUAUUUUAAAAAAGAAUGGAUGUUAUGCAAAAGAAGAUACCGUCCCGAAAUCUCUGUACAAUCCAGGUAAACUCUAUGAAGACUACUGGUCCUGUUAUGGAGUACACUGCUAUUAUUUUGUUUUGCAAGAUAAAAGCUGGACGGGAUGUAAACAAACUUGCCAAAGUUACGGUUCCUCCCUUUUGAAGAUUGACAAUGAACAUGAACUGGCAUUUGUUCAAUUUCACAUUCAUAAAAAUACCUGCUGGAUUGGAUUGUCAUUUAAUGAUGUGGAAUGGAAAUGGAAAUGGCUUGGUGCUGGCACAUCACCUGGAAUGAAUUUCACAGUCAUGAAUUUGCCUUCUGGGAGAGGAAGAUGUGCAUUUUUGACGUACAGGAUAUCAGCUAUCGAUUGCUCUAAAACCUACAGCUGCAUCUGUGAAAAGAAAAUCAAUUGUAAUUUCUAAUUCAAUGUGCACUUAGAAGAAAAGAUAACAUUGGAAAUGCUGUCCUAUUUUUGUUUUCUGUAAUAAUUUGUGAUUACUACUAACACAUGUUUUUGACCGCAAUGUUUAGCCCAAUGUAGAAACAGAGGUGAGCUGGUGAAUUGGUGUUUCGGAACGUGACAUAAGAGCCCAGCACCAUCUUCUUCCUGUAGACAACUGCAGAAUUUUGUCCUUGGAAAGAAGUUGCUCCUUUCUUUAUGGACCCAAGAAAUUACUCUUUCUGUUUUUCUGGGCCACACAGAACACUGAUUAGAGAACCUUGGUACACAGCCUGGAUCAUUUCCUUCUCAAUGGGAUAAGCCAAAUCAGUAUCAUCUGACCUUGAUGAUAUAAUUAAGAACUAGAAUAUAGUUAAUUUUUACUAUCUAGAAGCAUACCUCAUCUUUAAAAAUUAUUUUGUUAUAAAAUUUAAAUUCAAUUUACUGAAUAUUUGAAACAUUAGUACAAGGAACUUCCAUGUAACUUUUACCUACAGUUAUCAAUUGUUUGUUUUGUUCUGUUUCACUCCCUUCCCUUUCACUUUCACCAUUCUCUUCUCGAUGCUCCAUAUGAUAAAAUAAAUUGAAGACAUGAUAUUCCUUUGUCUAAAUAUUUUCCAAGAAAAGAACUUUGUCUUUUUUUAAUUUUUAUUUUAAAUUUUUUCAAAAGAUUUAUUUAUUUAUUUAUUUGAAGUCAGAGUUACACAGAGAGAGGAGAGGCAGAGACAGAGAGAGGUCUUCCAUCCGAUGGUUCACUCCCCACUUGGCUGCAUCAGCCAGAGCUGCGCCGAUCCGAAGCCAGGAGCCAGGAGCUUCUUCCAGGUCUCCCAUGCAGCUGCAGGGGCUCAAGGACUUGGGUCAUCCUUUACUGCUUUCCCAGGCCAUAGCAGAGAGCUGGAUCAGAAGUGGAGCAGCCAGGACUCGAACUGGUGCCCAAAUAGGAUGCCAGUGCCUCAGGCCAGGGCAUUAACAAAUUGUAUUUGUUACAAGUUUCAUGUAUUUCAUAUAUACAGAUUUAGGAACAUAGUGAUACUUCCCACCCACCCUAGAGCCCUUCUUCCUCCUCUCUCUAAUUCCUACUCUUAAUUUUUACAAAGAUCUACUUUCAGUUUACUUAAUGAUCAUAAGGUUAAUCCCACACUAAGUAAAAGAGUUCAACAAAUUGUAUGAAGAAAAAAACACUGUUCAACAGAAGAGACAAGGGCUAUAAACAAUCAUCAAAGAACUUUGUCUUAUAGAAUCAUGCUACAAUGAUCCAAAUCAGAAAAAUUUAGCAUAUAUAUGGUCUUUUGUCCAAUUUUGUCCAUUGACCUGACAAUGUCACUAAUAAAUAUUUUUCUCCAAGUUCAGAAUAAUACGUGUAUCUAAUUAUGAUACCCAUGAUAUGCCCUUUAAUCUGGAAAAGAUACUUAAAUUUUCUUUCUUUCUUGACCUUGACAUUGUAAAACUCAGUCUCACUGAGUUAGUCUUUAUAGUAUUUGUAUACAAUAAAUGCACCCAUUUAUAAGCCAUGAGAGAUAUUGGUUUUUCCAAAUAUGUAUACUUCUUACACAUUAUCAAACCAAAAUCUAAAACAUUUCUAUCACCUCCAAAAGUUUGUUUCUGCAUCAUGCCAUCCAUUUGACCCCAGGUGACCACUGAUAGAUUAACUGUCACUGUAAAUUAGUUUAGCUUAGUCUAGAAUUAAAUGCAUCCUGCACAUUUUUGUAGAUGGCUACUUUUUGCUCAGCAUGUUUUUGAAAUUAAUCCAUUCUUUGUCACGUGUCAGUAGCUCACUCUCUUUGUUAUUAAGUAGUAUUCUAUGCAGGUAUACCACAAUUUGUUCAUGGUUUUUGGCUACUGUGAAUAAAGCUGCCAUGAUCAUUUAUGUGCAAGCCUCUGUGUGGGGAUAUGUUUUCAUUUCUUUUUGGUAAAUACCUUGGAGUAUUUGAGAAGAAACUUCUAGACUGCUUUUCAAUGUAGCUGCAUCAUUUGACUUUCCCAGAAGCAACAAAUGAGUUCCCAUUGCUCACCAUUGCUGUCAGCACUUGAUAUUACCAGUGUUUUUAACUUUUAACCAUUGUGGUGAGUGUGUAGUGGAAUCUGAUGUCUUUAAAUUUGUAUUUCCCUUAAUUUUCUCCUAUGAUUGAUUUUGGAAGUUUCAUAGUUUUCAUUUACCUGUAAGCUCAUAUCCAUGUCAUUAUUUUGUGUCUGAGAAAUGGUUGAGGUUUAUUAUUAUUCCAUAUGGGUGUAGAGUUGGUUUUGUGCUGUUCAAAAGACUUUUCUAUUCUCCAUUAGAUUACUUUGGUGUCUAUGUAGAAAAUUAACUGACCCUAGAGUCUCUCUUCUUCCUAUACCUACUGUUGCAGUAAUUAUGUAAUACAAUGUCUCAGUUAUGAUAGCACUUUGUCAACAAUUGGAAUUAAAUGUGCUAGUCCUCCAAAUUCAUUAUUUUUCAAAACUGUAUUGCCUUUCUCAGGUUCCUGCAUUUUCUCAAAUUAUCUUUAAACAUGCCGGAUGGAAUUUUAACUGCAUUACAUUGAAUCUGUAGUUUAGUUUGGAAAAGUUGACAUUUUUAACAACGAGUGUUAGAAUUUAUGAACAUAAUUUAUUUCUUCAUUU